CUAAAUAUUUACCCAGUCUUUCUUCUCGGAGCUCUCGUCUGAAACACUUCAUUGGUAAACUAACUCUCAUAAUGUCUACCAGCAGUUUUAAGAUUUUAGUCAAAAAUGCAAAACAAGUGGUCGUAGUUUGUAGAAAUGGUGAAAAGUACCUUACCAAAAAUGGGAUGCAGACCCUGGCUAUCAUUGAGAAUGGCAGUGUGGUGAUUGGACAUGAUGGCCUAAUUAAAGCUGUUGGACCAGCAGAUAUUAUUGAGUCUCAAUUCAAAGGAACAAAAUUUGACCAAAUCCUGGAUGUCUCUGGCAUGUGUGUUCUUCCAGGUCUGGUUGAUGCCCAUACACAUCCAGUGUGGGCUGGAGACCGAGUGCACGAGUUUGCCAUGAAGCUGGCUGGAGCCACAUAUAUGGAGGUGCAUGAAGCAGGAGGUGGAAUUCAUUUUACAGUGGCACACACUCGCACGGCAACCGAACAGCAUCUGUUAGAGGGGCUAAAAAGCCGUCUGGAACGGAUGCUGAGAGCUGGAACUACGCUGGUGGAGUGUAAGAGUGGCUAUGGACUGGAGCUGGACACAGAACUAAAGAUGCUGAGGGUGAUCAACUCGGCGAGGAAGUCCUUGUCAAUCGGGAUAUCAGCAACAUACUGUGGAGCCCACGCAGUACCCAAAAAUAAAACGAUGGAAGAAGCCACACAGGACAUUGUGGCAGUGCAGCUGCCUGCCAUAAAAAAACUAAUCGAUUCAGGUGAACUGCGAGUGGACAACAUCGACGUAUUCUGUGAGAAAGGUGUGUUCGAUUUGAGCUCCACACGUCGCAUACUGAAGGAAGGCAAAGAUAUGGGCCUCAACAUCAACUUUCACGGAGAUGAGCUCCAUCCUAUGAACUCAGCACAUAUUGGAGCAGAACUUGGGGCUUUAGCCAUCAGCCAUUUAGAAGAGGUGACUGAUGAGGGCAUUGCUGCCAUGGCAACCGCUAAAACAUCAGCAGUCCUCUUGCCCACCACCGCCUAUAUUUUAAGGCUUUCUCCACCACGUGCAAGAGAUAUGCUUGAUUCAGGGGUCAUAGUAGCUCUCGGUAGUGACUUCAACCCUAACGCCUACUGCUGCUCAAUGCCUAUGGUGAUGCACUUGGCCUGUGUGAUGAUGAAGAUGUCUAUGACCGAAGCUCUAGCUGCGGGCACAAUAAAUGCAGCUUAUGCCCUUAACCGUUCACAUACGCAUGGAUCGCUUGAAACUGGGAAACAGGGAGACCUUCUGAUCAUCAAUGCACCACGGUGGGAACAUCUGAUCUAUCAGUUUGGGGGCCAUCAGGAACUCAUCAGAUAUGUCAUAAUCAAAGGAGAAAUUGUGUAUGAGAAUAACAAAGUACUGAGCCUUUGAGGUUAAUCCUCGAGCUAAUGAAUCAUAAAUACAUCAACACUACAAGUUGAUUAUGUAGGAACAUUUAUUUAGCAUUAGCACUGUUACAUUAAUCAAUAACAAAAUAAAUCUAUAAUUAAAUAGAUACAAAAUAAAUAUAUAAUUCAAUAUAUAUACAAUGUUUGUUAAUAAAUAGUCUUAUACA